GGGUCUGACGCUGAGCGGAGCUGCCGGCGGGCGGGAGGGUGGACGGACAGACUGACGGGAGGGACAGGAGGCGAGCAAGAUGGCGCAGACUCAGGGCACCAGGAGGAAAGUCUGUUACUACUACGACGGGGAUGUUGGAAAUUACUAUUAUGGACAAGGCCACCCAAUGAAGCCUCACCGAAUCCGCAUGACUCACAAUUUGCUCCUUAACUAUGGUCUUUACCGAAAGAUGGAAAUCUAUCGCCCUCACAAAGCCAAUGCUGAGGAGAUGACCAAGUACCACAGUGAUGACUACAUUAAAUUCUUGCGCUCCAUCCGCCCAGAUAACAUGUCUGAGUACAGCAAGCAGAUGCAGAGAUUUAACGUUGGUGAGGACUGUCCGGUAUUUGAUGGCCUCUUUGAGUUCUGUCAGCUAUCUACUGGUGGCUCUGUGGCAAGUGCCGUGAAACUUAAUAAGCAGCAGACGGACAUCGCUGUGAAUUGGGCUGGGGGCCUACACCAUGCAAAGAAGUCCGAGGCAUCUGGCUUCUGUUACGUCAAUGAUAUCGUCUUGGCCAUCCUGGAACUGCUAAAGUAUCACCAGAGGGUGCUGUAUAUUGACAUUGAUAUUCACCACGGCGAUGGCGUGGAAGAGGCCUUCUAUACCACAGACCGAGUCAUGACUGUGUCCUUUCAUAAAUAUGGAGAGUACUUCCCAGGAACUGGGGACCUACGGGAUAUUGGGGCUGGCAAAGGCAAGUAUUACGCUGUUAACUACCCGCUCCGAGAUGGGAUUGAUGACGAGUCCUAUGAGGCCAUUUUCAAGCCGGUCAUGUCCAAAGUAAUGGAGAUGUUCCAGCCCAGUGCAGUCGUCUUACAGUGUGGCUCUGACUCCUUGUCUGGUGAUCGGUUAGGUUGCUUCAAUUUGACCAUCAAAGGGCACGCCAAGUGUGUGGAAUUUGUGAAGAGCUUCAACCUGCCUAUGCUGAUGCUGGGAGGAGGUGGCUACACCAUUCGUAAUGUCGCCCGGUGCUGGACAUACGAAACAGCUGUGGCCCUGGACACAGAGAUCCCUAAUGAGCUUCCAUACAACGACUACUUCGAAUACUUUGGACCAGAUUUCAAACUUCACAUCAGUCCUUCCAAUAUGACUAACCAGAACACUAAUGAGUACCUGGAAAAGAUCAAACAGCGACUGUUUGAGAACCUGAGAAUGCUGCCCCACGCGCCUGGGGUCCAAAUGCAGGCCAUUCCUGAGGAUGCCAUUCCAGAGGAGAGUGGCGAUGAGGAUGAAGAAGACCCUGACAAGCGCAUUUCAAUCUGUUCCUCGGACAAACGAAUUGCCUGUGAGGAAGAGUUCUCCGACUCUGACGAGGAGGGAGAAGGCGGUCGCAAGAACUCUUCCAACUUCAAAAAAGCCAAGAGAGUCAAAACAGAAGAUGAGAAAGAGAAAGACCCAGAAGAGAAGAAAGAAGUCACAGAAGAGGAGAAAACCAAGGAGGAGAAGCAAGAAGCCAAAGGGGUCAAGGAGGAGGUCAAGUUGGCCUGAACAGACCUCUCCAGUUCUGGCUUCUUGCCAAGUUCCCCACCUUUAUCCCACAACCCCUCAGAUUUUAUAUUUUCUAUUUCUCUGUGUAUUUAUAUAAAAAUAUAUUAAAUAUAAAUAUCCCCAGGGACUAGACAGGAACCAGGGCCCUGAGCUCAGGGCACACGUGUUAGGUGAGCUUUUCUAGUAGCUGCCUUGCCACCCAUCCCUCCCGAACUCUUUAAUUUUGAACCAUAACGGAUGCCAGGUCUGGGUGGAAGGGAUACACUUAAAGCAGCCAUAGGACAAAAUCUUGAAGUGCCUGCUUUGAAAAGGUGCCCUUAUUGAGCAUUUUAGAAGGGGUGGCUGGGUCUUCAGGGACUCCCUGUUGUUCUCAGGCUCUUGUCAUCAGCCAUUCUUAGAUUGAUUCUGUUCUCAUACCUUCCCACUGGCCCCCAGUGAGCCAAGAAACUCACACUGCCUGCCCUCUCUGUCCUCCCCCCAAUUCUGCAGAUGAAGAUUGGUAGUCUAGUUUCCUUUUUGAGAUACUAUUUUCAUUUUUGUGAGAAUCUUUGUAAUAAAAUGGUACAU